AUGGCAUCCUCCAAACUUGUAUAUAAGGACAAAUUCGAAAAGAAUGCUUACGCACUAGUUGAACUUGGCACGCCUGAGCUGUUGGAAGCAUUUGAAUCGGGUAUAGAUAUUGUUAUUAAAGGCUUGGCAGACGAUGAAGCCGUGCUAUGUACAGAGUCCAAAACAUACAUUGUGCGACAAGUGAAUACAUCAAAUUCGCUUCUAUUGACCACCAAGGAUCCCAUGUCAAACCAGCAUAUCGUGCACGACGAUAUGUCGAGUACAAUUGAACUGCUGCCCUGUAUUGCUCGACUCAAUCGUAUCGACGAGCUCUUGAAGGAGUCAAGCUAUUCUGGAUCCGAGAACGAACGAGAUGUCAUUAACAAUAAGACCCUGUACACAUAUUUCGACCUACUAUCUGUUGUGCAAGCGAGUGAAAACGAAUUGUUGGACGGUUUGAAAGCAAGAGCAGCAUUCCAAAUCGAUGGAUAUUACAGAUUAUUCGACCAAAGCUACUUGUAUCAUUUGUUUGAUCUGUUUGUCACCAAUGCGAGUGUGCACAGCUACGACUUUAAGCAGAUGACGCUUGCACAAGCCAAACUGUGUAUCACUGAGGAGAUGAACGCAGUCGAUCAGGAAGACAGCAUCCCAGAUCAGGUUGUCAUUGCCUGUAUAAAUGCAUUUGUCACUGAGCAUGUGGAUAUCAACGACCAAGAUAAAAUACUAGAGUUUGAUAACGCAAAGAUUUGUCGAUUUUUGGGCCAGUGGCUGUUGAGUAAUCCUCGAAACAAGCGUUGGGAACUAAAUGACUUUCUCGACAUGUGGAACAAGCUUGGCUACGACAUCUUUAUACCCAAAUUAGAACACAUUGACGGAUUGUACAUCAUGCACGAGACCAAAAAGUUCCAACACACAGAAAGAUACAUUCAGUACUUUCCCGUGGCCGAAUUAUCAACAGAUCCACCACAACGAUUUGCCUCGCUCUUUGCAGAAAAGCCAUUGUGGACGUCGGAGGAGAUUACACCGUUCUUGAUGGAUCUAGCACCCAUAAAGAAGGACAGAGAACACUUGCUGCUCAAAUUUGCUCGCACACACAAACAACAGAACAGCAUUCUUUAUGGAAGUAGAAUAAAAUAA